UUACGCUCUCGAGUCACUCCAGCGCUGCCGACUGUCGGGAUGUGACCCCGGAACAGGACGCCUGCUUAUACACAACACAGCUCUCAAAUACAACAAAAACGACAGAAUCCUGGACCAGGAGAGCAGUGCGUCAGGAGCAGGGGGGAUGAACCGAGAGGAAGCCCCUGGCAAGUCUCCUGAGGAGAUGUACAUCCAGCAGAAGGUGCGGGUGCUGCUCAUGCUCAAGAAAAUGGGAUCAAAUCUGACACCAAACGAGGAAGCGUUUCUGCGGAAUUAUGCAGGCGUGGUGCACAGCCAGAUGAGUCAGUUGCCACAGCACCCUAUUGACCAGGGAGCUGAGGAUGUGGUGAUGGCCUUCUCAAGAUCAGAGACUGAGGACAGGAGACAGUGAGCUCUCGCCAUGCCAAGUCACUACAGCUGAACACAACACAACACUGUUGACUGAUGGAGAGGGCGGAGCCUGAGAUGAGAGAGGGGCGGGGCUCUGCUGCAUGCCAGUUGCCCCACUUCCCUUCUCUUCCCCAUUCCCCUCUUCUUCCUCACACUAACUGUACACUAUUGGGCCCCGCGGCCGCACUACCUGAUGACUUAAAGCAAAUGAGUCAGAAAGAGUCCUGGCGGGUAAAUAUUAGAUUUGGGUAUUAAAUUUAGUGUUUGCAUCAUCCUUCCAUAAUGGCGUUUUAUAUUUGUUGCCAUGAGAGACUUAAUGGACCAAGAGCUUCAUUUGUCUGGUCAAAAAGAAUAUAAAUCGCCUUAUGGGUUAUGUUAUUACAAACAAUUUUCUUUUUCGGUGUAUGUAGUUUCUUGUUUUUAUUGUCCACAGGAUCCUGCAGGUAGAUUCUUUUUUCUUCUUCUUUUUUUUUACUAUAUUAUUUUCAGGGUUUUUGAUUGUUUAGUAAUCGUUCGCAUCAUAAUUUCAUCAAAAAAAACAUUAAAGUUGUUGUGGGGGAUACUGAAUUGUCAAAAUGGACGAGGCCCGUACACACUCCCAGAAUGAUGUACACAAAUGGCCUGAUGUUUCAUGAUCUCUUUUUUUUCGAUGUUUGGAUUAAUGUGAAAUUUCAUAGCCUUUUUUGUACACAACGUGAGAAAAAAGUAGAAAAGUGAACGAGUCGUGCCAGCUGUGUUUUUAUGUAAAAUAUUUCUAAAGGUAUCUAAUGAAUGUCUUGGGUCCUUAUUUAUUUUUUCAAUGUCUUAAAAUGUAGACAGACACAGACCCCUUUUAAACUACAGUCCUGAUUUGUAACCAAGUUUUAAUACAAAUGACUUGAGAAACUGUAAUAACAACAAAUUUACAUGUCAUAUGGAAAGCCUCAGCCUUAAGCGGUGUAACAGGACGUGCCAUACUCGGAUGUGAGUAUGUGUCAGCAUAUAUUUGAUUGAGUGGUGCUAACGAAACACUUUUUUUAUUUUUUUUUCUAAUUGAAGUCGAAGAUGAAUAUAAGCUUGUGUGAAUUCAGAGCAUGCUAAACGUCCUGCAAUAACUUAAUGAAAACCAAACCUUUUUUCUAUUAGGAGUUCAAUUAAAUCGAUUUUGUGUUUUGGCCUCUGACCUUUUUGGUAACAUUAUUUCAUGUUCAGUAUUUAAUGUGUAUUCAUGUUUUGUUAACUUGCUUAACAUAAUUAUUGUAUCUUAGUGUUUUGAAAUGACGCAUGCCUGCAUUGUGGUCUCUGGUGUAUGUUCAAGUAGCUCUGUAAUGGUCACAAGAGCCUUGAUGCUUUAAACAUCAGUGUGCACCUCUUUUUAAUCUGUGGAUGUAAGUCCUUUAAUGAAAAUGGCUUUUAUAGUUCUCGCUAAUAUCAGCAAUAAGUAUUUGAUUGAAUGUCUUCAGUCAUCAAGAUUACUUGUCCAUGUGACAGCUGCAUUAUGACAGGAACAUGCAUUUGAUUUCUUUUUAACUGUAAAUCUUUAUUUUGCCUAUGCAUUGUUUUUUGUUUUUUUUGUUUUUUUACAUCAGAAGCACACAAUCGUGUCUAACACACACUCAUUUCAGGUUGGGUUUGUGGCCUUUGAGCUUUGCAUCCAUUGAAUGUCACUCUGGAUUCUUGUUUAAUUCAUUGGCUUCACUGCAUAUUGUCUGUACUCGCUUGAGCUGUUAAACUAUUUAAUGUGAAUUGCUUUUUUAUUGUUUUAAAUUCAAUUGAAUGGUUGUUUUAUGCCGUAUGGCUGUGUCGAGCUCAUCCCUUAACUUAAAUGCGUCCGAAAUAUAUACCAACUGAACCAUUAAA